AUCGGUUAAUAUACGGUCAUACUAGCACCUACAACAUGUUUUUCAUGUCAAAUUUUUAUAUUUGUUUCGUAAAGUAAACCGCAAAAGUGAAAUCCUCGCCACCAGUGAAACGUUCUUGAAAUCCACCAGCCUGCCAUAUUCUUGGAUCCGCACGAGUAGUCGAAACCAUGGCCACCUCAGUGCUGUUAGCCUGCGGACUCAAUGAGCAGAAAUUGCCGGGAUUCGUGCACAUUAGCGAGGAGUCCAAUGUGGAUGGCAGCUUCCUGAUCAGCUGCAUUCUUGGCCAGAGGCUACGCAUCUCGAACGCUGGCACCCUGCUCGUCUGCCUGCAGCAUCAUUACCAACAUUAUUUCAAUGCUGGCAUGAGAUUGGGCUAUAAUACGAACAUUUUCCAGGGGAAAACCCUUGGGGUAAUUGAUGUUCUGAGCGACAUGGCAGGCGAGGGAUUGGCCUCCAAGUGGCUUCGCCAAACCGAUGGUCAGACAUUGACCGAGCAGCUAAUGGAGGACAUUCGGUCGCAGGUGGAGAGCAACUACGCCAGUCGGAACUCCUACACGGUUCUGAUUGACAACCUGUCCAUAUUGUUCAAUCUGGGCGCCAGCAAGCUGCAAGUUCAGCAGUUCUGCCAGGACUUGGCCGCCCUCGCCAAGGAGCGGGAAAACCUGACGGUGAUCACCAAGCUGAGCAACAGCGAUAUCUACCAGCUGACCGACAACAACGUGGCCAAGCUCGGUCAGGUGCGCAUCCAGGUGUUGCGAUUGAAGAGCGGAGUGUUUAGGGAGGUGGACGGCAAGCUCCUUAUCGAACGAGUCCUGGAUGAGGGCAACUACGCCUGCGAGGAGACGCGCAAGGAGGUGCUCUACAAGGUCAACGAUCGCAACGUCAAGGUCUUUACACCGGGCGAAAUAGGGGUGAAAGUCUAGGCGUGGUGCGGGCCAAUAAUUGUAUGAAUUUUAAUAAAGCCAUUUUUUGUAUAUUCUGAGAA